AUGUUGAAGAAUUAUUCUACCGCCACUGAAUUUUAUCUACUUGGCUUCCAUGGCUCCAAAGAACUACACGAUAUUCUUUUUGCCACUUUCUUCUUUCUCUACUCAGUGACAGUCAUGGGGAACAUGGUCAUCAUUGUGAUUGUCUGUGUUGAUAAACGUCUGCAGUCCCCCAUGUAUUUCUUCCUUGGCCACCUCUCAGUCCUAGAGAUCCUGAUCACAUCGGUUGCUGUCCCCUUAAUGCUCUGGGGGCUGCUGCUUCCAGGGAUGCAGGCAAUGUCUUUGACAGCCUGUAGUGCACAAUUAUAUUUGUACCUUUCUUUGGGUACGUCGGAGUUAGUAUUAAUUGGAGCAAUGGCUGUGGACCGUUAUGUGGCUGUCUGUAACCCUUUGAGGUACAACAUCAUUAUGGACAGCCACACCUGCAUCUGGGUGGUCAUUGUGUCAUGGGUGUUUGGGUUCCUAUUUCAAAUCUGGCCAGUCUAUGCCACAUUUCAGCUUACCUUCUGCAAAUCAAAUGUGAUAGACCAUUUUUUAUGUGACCGAGGGCAACUGCUCAAACUAUCCUGUGAUGAUAGCCUUUUCACAGAGUUUAUCCUUUUUUUAAUGGCUGUAUUCAUUAUUGUUGGUUCUUUGAUCCCUACAAUCAUCUCCUACACCUACAUCAUCUCUACUAUCCUCAAGAUCCCCUCAGCCUCGGGGCGGAGGAAAGCUUUCUCUACUUGUGCCUCUCACUUCACCUUUGUUGUGAUUGGCUAUGGUACCUGCUUGUUCCUCUAUGUGAAACCCAAGCAAACACAGGCAGCUGAGUACAACAGGGUAGCAUCACUGAUGGUUUUAGUGGUGACCCCUUUCCUGAACCCAUUCAUCUUCACCCUCCGGAAUGACAAAUUCAUAGAGGCCUUUCGAGAUGUCAUGAAACGCUGCUAUCAACUCCUCAAGGAUUAG